AGAGACAUCCAGUUCUUGAAUUCAAGAGAGGAAGACAGAAAACAAACGGUGAGAGAGAGAGAGAUCGAAUUAUCAAAGAAGCAAAGAAAAGAGUAGUGAGAGAUGAGUCCGAACGUGAGUGCUCUGUUGAUCGGACUGGUGGGCGCCGUCAUCACCUUGUCGGCUUACUCGCAGACUCUGGUCUCUCCGACGCAGUGCGUCACCGUCGGCCUUCUCGUCCUUAUCUUCGGUUUGCUUGUAAAAGAAGGUCUCAUAUCUCUGUAACCUCUAUCUCCAUCUCUGUUCGACCGUACACCUUCGAAGUUGACUUUGAAUAUCUGUGUAUUUACUUUUCUUUUUUUGGUCCUUCUGUUGUAUUUUCUGAAACUUUGGAAAUUUGAGCUGUAUUUCAAUUUCAAUUAUUAUUUGGACUUGCUUGCCUUCCAAUUUUCUUGGAAAUAAUGAUAUAAUUUUUUU